AUGGAAACAGCUGCAGUAUGGGGACCCAGGGAAUUUCAGCUGGCCAAUUUGACCAUGGAACCAGCAGUAUGGGCUCCUGGCCUCCCUGUGGCGAUAUUUGGUGGCUGCCUCCAAACAUCUGUCCCUAGCUCUGGCGGAGGGCAGCUGGUUGAGCAUGCUGCAGCCACACAGAAUGAUCCGAUUGAGAAACCAGCACAAGAGUUUGAGGUUGGUUUGGAGAUGAAGAUCCAAAAUCCGAUUCAUGUGUUCGAGAAAGCAGCGCACGAGUUUGAUGCUGAUAUCGACAUGAUGAAAGUGAAGAUGCAUAGGUACCCUUCAAACAUUGGAGCUCUCGGUGAAUGGCAUACAGUCCCGAUGGUGGUGGCCAUCGGACCUUACCACCACGACCGGGAGCACCUGAAGCAGGCGGAGAAGGUGAAGCAUGUGGCUGCUUACCACUGCAUCAGGGACUCGGGCCACUCAGUCCAGGAGACGUAUGAUGCGGUCGUCUCCGUCGCGCACGAUGCCCGCAGCCUCUACGACAAGGACGUGGUGGCAGGUAUCGGCGACGACGACUUCCUACCUAUGAUGUUCUACGACGCUUGCUUCUUGGUGCAGUACAUGCUUUCGUGUACUCCCACUGGCUCUGAAGAGAUGGAUCCGUCAUUGCGCAGCUUCCUAGACUCCAACGACAGAGACAUCGUUCAUGACGUCAUGCUGCUUGAGAACCAGCUCCCCUGGCGGGUGGUCGAGACCGUCAUGAGGUUCAGGCCUGUGCCCUUGGAGGAAUUCUUUACUUGUUUGAAACGCUGUCUGCAAGACCGCAAGGUUCGCGAAAAAGAGCCUUUUGUCUUGGAUGAUAGCUACCAACCACCGCAUCUCCUUGGUCUCCUCCGGUUCUACAUUGUAGGAAGAAGCAACACCAAGCGGCCCCCAAAGCCCGAAACCGAGUCGAUAUCAUUUUCUGUUAGUGCCAUCGAGCUUGCCGAAAUCGGCAUCACGCUCGCAGCCAACAAAACAACAGAGCUCAUUCACAUGGGCGUCAAGAAGAAAGGGCCCAUCUUCGCCGAGCUCUCCCUGGCGCCGCUGUCCCUGGACGAUGCACGUGCAAGCUGGCUCGUCAACAUGGCAGCUCUCGAGCUAUGCACGAUCCCAAGAUUUGAAGAUGCUGAAGAUGAAGAGUCUGCUGUCUGCUCGUACCUCCUCCUCCUCGACAUGUUCGUGGAUAGGGAGGAGGACGUGCAUGAGUUGCGAACAAAGCAUCUCCUGCAAGGAGGAGGAGGACUCACCAACAAGGAGGCGCUCGACUUCUUCAGGAGCCUUCAGGGCCUACGCCUCGGAUCAUGCUAUGUCCGCGUCAUGGAAGAGAUUGAGAAUUACAGGGUGAAGAGGCGGAUGUGGAUCAAGGUGCACGCGUUUGUUUACAAGAAUAUGAGAACCAUCGUCAUGGUCAUCUCCGCCAUUGGUGCACUUGUCGGUAUCUUUGGGACGAUCAGGUCUCUCAAGGUCCAUGCCCAUUGAUCUACGAUGCUGUGAGAUGUUCUACGCUUUAAUUGUUUA